AUGCCGCAUUCACUUGACUCAGACUGCAAACCCGUCGGGUCCUACCCGCCCAGCGGCAUCGAUGUGCUGAUCGUAGGCACCGGCCUGGCCGGGCUGACGGCCGCCAUCGAGUGCAUCCGCAAGGGGCACAGCGUGCGUGUGCUCGAGAAGAACAACGACAUCAACACCGCAGGCGACAUGUACUUCAUGGGCCUAUCCGCAACCCGCUUCUUCAAGCACUGGCCGGACCUGGCAGCCGAGUACGACCAGAUCUCGCUGCACAACUGCUGGAUCGAAACCUUCAAGCACGACGGGACUCAAAUGGUUCCCCCUCUGCUCGUCUCCCAGCGGCUGCGAGACGAGGGCCUGGAUCCGGACACGCCCCCCGGGACCUUCCAGAUGCGGCCGCUGGUGUACAGGAUGUAUGUCCGCCAGGUGGAAAAGCUGGGGGUUGACAUUCAGUUUGGCAAGAAGGUGGUGGAUUACUUUGAGGAUGAGGAAAGGGGCAGGGCGUGGGUGGUGACGGAUAAGGGGGAGAGGUUCGAGGCGGAUGUGGUGAUUGCCGCUGAUGGGGUGGCGUCGAAGAGUCAGAGGCUUGUUGGUGGCCAGGUGAGGGCGAUGAAGUCGGGCAGGGCCAUGUGGCGGGCUGCGUUUCCUGUUCAUCAUCUUGAUAAGGAUCCGGAGGUGAAGAGGUUUUUUAGGAUGAUGAAAGGGAAGACGGGGCCUGAGCCGAUUAUUCGGACUUGGUUGGGUCCGGGGACCUAUGCCUUGACAUUGACCCGAGAAAACACCAUCAUAUGGAUCAUGAACCACGAUGUCACCGGCUCCGAAAAGGAAUCCUGGCACAACACCAUCCCCGCGGACGAAGUCCUCGAAAACAUCGACAACGGCGUCGGGGCCCGGCCCUGGGCGCCCAUCUUCAAAGCCCUCGUCCAACUAACCCCUCCCGACACCAUCGUCAACUUUGAGCUGUUCUGGCGGAACCCUCAACCCAAAUGGGCUUCCCCGGCAGGGCGCGUAGUCAACAUUGGAGACGCAGCCCAUUCCUUUCUCCCCGCGUCAGGCAACGGCGCGACGCAGGCCAUUGAGGACGCCAUUUCCCUAGCAUCAUGCCUGCAGAUUGGUGGCAAGGCGAACAUCCCCCAGUCGGUGCGCGCGCAUGUUCGAAUGCGGUUUAUUCGCAACUCGUGCGCGCAAAAGAUGGGGUUUAGCAAUGCUGAGUUGCUGCAGAAGACGGAUUGGGAUAGGGUCAAGGUUGAUCCAAGGUUGGCACAGCCUAAGUUGCCCAUGUGGAUUUGGAGCCAUGAUCCGGAGAAGUAUGCGUAUGAGGUGUAUGAUAAGGUCGUGGAGAGUAUGAAGAGGGGGGUGCCGCUGGAGGAGGAUGAUAGCAUACCGCCAAACUACCCGCCGGGGUAUAAGUACCAGCCGUGGAGUAUUGAGCAGAUACUGGAGGAGGUGAGGAAUGGGAAGCCGGUUACGUUGGGGGAGGGGAAUUGGCGCUGA